GGGUGGAGGGAAUAAAUUGAGCGAUGAGUUCCUGGCCCAUCGGAGAACGCAACGCGAGGAAAUUGGUGAGCGAGGUGCGAAUGAGGUUUGGGGCCGAUCUCCGGAUUCGCGCCCAUCGCUUCAAGACUCGACCGAGAGUGAGGAUGAAGAAACCAGGAACACCCAGAAGGACAAAGGAUCAAGACAAAAGAAACAGAAGAAAGAGAAGAAGCAUAAAAAGAAAUCCUCAAAAAAGAGUAAGAAACAUUCCAAAAAGAGCAAGAAGUCAAAGAAAAAGAGCAAGAAACGCAAAGUGGUAUCUUCAUCCUCAUCCUCAAGUGAAAGUGAAAGUGGCUCGGCGAGUGAAGAAGAAUGGGUGGAGCAAGAACUGGUUCCACGGGUGGGAAACAGAAAUAUCCAAGGGGACCCCGAUGAAGAGGAUAGCGACUUAAUUGGACCUCAACUCCCUUCGAAAGUUCAACUCACGCACAAGGAGAUGGGGACAGCACUCUUACCUGGUGAAGGAUCGGCUAUGGCGGCCUAUGUGGCCGAUGGAAAGCGUAUCCCUCGUCGUGGUGAGAUUGGACUGAGCUCCAAUGAGAUCACGAGGUACGAAGAAGACGGGUGGGUCAUGUCCGGAUCGCGGCAUCGGCGUAUGGAGGCGGUUCGCCUGCGGAAAGAGAAUCAAAUCUAUUCCGCCGAGGAGAAGCGAGCCUUGGCCAUGUUCUCCAAAGAGGAGCGACAGAAACGCGAGAACAAGAUUUUAGGAGAGUUCCGCGAACUCGUCACUGAAAAACUCAAAUCCACGAAAUAAACUUGUCCUUCCGAUUAACGUCGAUAUAAUCCAUCUGUUGAUACACUCCUAUUCCAGACCAUGAUGCGUCAUACUUUAGGUCGGCUCCACCAAUCUGUCAAGGUGUUAUUGGUCAGGCAAUCUUCCAGUUUCACUCUAAC